AGAGAGAGAGAGAGAGAGAGAGACAGUGUGCUGUUGGGUUCGGUUUGGCUUAAAAAUGUCACAUGGCGGUUGCGUGCAAGGAAUAGAGUUUUAGCCAACAUACAAUGCUGCAAAGGAUAUACAAAUGAUUCAUGAAAGCUAGUAGUAGUUUCCGUCUGUCCGUGAAUGAAUCGAAACGAGGCAUACAUGUAUCGAAAGAGGAGCAACUGAUGAUGCGUCGCAGAUCGAGUACGACAG